AUGAUCUCGAUCAUCAGCAGGAUUACUGCAAUCGCGGCCUUGGCCAUCAUGGUGGGAGCCACUGUUGCCUCCAACACCACCUCAUCCCCCGACUUCGAGCACGAACUUUGGUGGAUGCUGGGGAAGAAAAAAAUUGAGGAGCUCCUGAAGGAAGAGGACAAGGCGACGAAGAGCCCAUUUGAUGGGAUUCCACUGGAGGACCCCAUCCUACCUGGUCCUACCUCGACCACCUCCACGACUUCCUCUCGCUUGAUCCUCACCUUCUCGGCCGACCACGUCCUGCCCGGAUCUACAACGCCGUGGUGGAUGAUGGAGAUUCCGCUGGAGGACCCCAUCCUGUUCCCUACCACGAGUAUCUCCACCACCCUCGACCCCACGUCGACCACCACCACCACUACCACUUCCCCUCCUUCCACUCCUAGCAGUGGGCCGGGUGGCAAGCUCCGCGGAGGAGUCGACAGGUGA